GAGUCUACAGCGGAUUUCGAGACGAAUGUCUCCGGCGAUCUCUGUACUGUACCAAGUACACCAGACAGAAGUCAAUCCGGCAGUCCCCGCCUUGAUGAUAGCACCGACGAGACGGAUAGCUCUUAUCGCGAGAAGUCACCCGAUCCAAACAGUGAUGUCGAUCACAGUGUUCCUCCACGGGCCAUUCAAAACAUCUGUGUUGUUGGUGCCGGUUACGUCGGUGGACCGACAGCUGCUAUUAUUGCCUACAAGAACCAACACGUGAAAGUUACGGUUGUUGAUAAAGACGACCGUCGGAUCAGAAGAUGGAACUCGCGGCAUCUUCCAAUCUAUGAGCCUGGUCUUACAGAGAUUGUGCGUAUUGCUCGUGAUGGUUUGCAAGGCUCUCAGGAGGGAAAUGAUUCUGUGAAGAAUUAUGUAGCCUCGGAGCUUGAAUCAAGAAUGCCCAAUCUUUUCUUCUCCACCGAUGUAUCCCAAUGCAUCCAGAGAUCGGACGCCGUUUUCAUUGCGGUAAACACCCCGACAAAAGUGCGCGGCACUGGAAGAGGCAGCGCAACGGACAUGACAGCCUUCGAAGCAGUAGCUGCGGAAGUUGUGCGUCAUGCGAAGAACAACACUAUUAUCGUCGAGAAGUCGACGGUGCCUUGCAGAACUGCAGAAAUGAUUCAAGAGAUGAUCAGAAUCCAAAGGCCUGGUGAACAUUUCGAAAUCCUGUCAAACCCCGAGUUCCUUGCUGCAGGAACAGCUGUUCAAGACCUCCUCCAUCCAGACCGUAUCAUCAUUGGUUCUGCCCCUACAGCCGAGGGACGAGCCGCUGCAGAAUCUCUAACAGGAAUCUAUGCAUCUUGGAUCGAUCGAUCGCGCAUACUCACGACCAAUGUAUGGUCCUCUGAGCUGGCCAAGCUUGUCGCAAACUCUAUGCUCGCUCAGCGCCUGAGCAGUAUCAACAGCAUUUCAGCAAUCUGCGAAGCGACAGGCGCCGAGGUCAAUGAGAUCUCCGCGGCCAUCGGGAUGGACACCCGGCUGGGCAAGUCAUUCCUGCGAGCGGGUAUUGGAUUCGGUGGCUCGUGCUUCAAGAAAGAUAUUGCCAGCUUGGCGUACAUUGCCGAAUCCCUUGGCCUGGACGAAGUUGCACACUACUGGCGGCAGGUCAACGUGAUGAAUGAGUACCAAAGAGAUCGCUUCGCUGCGAGAGUCAUCCGCCACUUAAACAGUACACUCGUCACGAAAAAGAUCUGUAUCUUGGGUUACGCCUUCAAGCCCAACACCUCGGACACUCGAGAAGCACCUGCACUCGAAAUCAUCAAGACGCUUUUAGAUGAGAACCCGUACGAAAUUGCUAUCUUUGAUCCUUGCUGCAACCGUCUUGUCAUUGAAAACGAGGUCCGGGCCCUGCAGCCCUAUGGUCCCUCGGUCCUCAGCGAAGAUGGCGGGUGUGUGAAAGUCUACUCUAAUGUCUAUGAGGCCUGUGCUGGCUCCAACGCGAUUUUGAUUGUUACCGAUUUCCCUGAAUUCCGGAAUACCCCAGUUGCUGUGAACCCUUCACCAUCCAAGACCAAGGUACUCCAGAAGCCGCAAACUACGACUCAUAUAGACAUCGUCUCUUCCCAUAUCGCGCCAUCCUUCCAUGCACGGUUCAACACCGAGCCGGAUUGCUCUGCCGAUUGCCCAGACUGUCAAUCAGGAGCGACCUACGGAGAACCGAGUUUCGGGUCAAGCAAAAAUGUUCCGAAAGAAAUGGUUAACUGGAAGAAAAUCGCCGGGGAGAUGGGAUCUCCCAGGUGGCUGUUCGAUGGUCGGUGUAUCAUCAACAUUCCAGAAAUGACCAAGCUGGGCAUCCGCGUUGAAAGCAUCGGGUCUGCUGGUCUGGCGGUCUAG